AUGACUUCCAACGAUAAUAUUAACAAUAAUAGUUCAACGAUGAAUGAAAUCAAUUCUAUGAUCUGCAAUACACCACAAUGGUCAAUUGAAGAUGAAGAUACAAUAGCGAGACCAUACAAACAUAUAACUUUACAUCAAGGUAAACGGUUUAGAUCAAAAUUAAUUCAAACAUUCAAUAAGAUUUAUGAAAUACCGAAUGAACAAUUGCAGAUAUUAAUGGAAAUUAUCGAAACUUUACACAAUUCAAGCUUGAUCAUUGAUGAUAUUGAAGAUAAUUCUGAUUUAAGAAGAGGUAAUCCAUCAUCUCAUGUGGUAUUUGGUAUGCCUAUGAGUUUAAAUACUGCCAACUAUAUGUACUUCAAAUCAAUGAAUUUGAUUUGGAAAAUGAGUGCAGAUCAGACUUCUAUUUUGGAACUUUUACAAAUCUUUAAUGAGGAAUUGAUGAAUUUGCAUAGAGGUCAAGGAUUAGAUAUUCAUUGGAGAGAUUCUUUGAACGAAUUAAGGUAUGAUGGAGUUCCUAACGAACAAAUGUAUUUCAAAAUGGUUAUGAAUAAGACCGGUGGUCUCUUCAGAUUGACGAUAAGAAUGAUGGAAAAAAUUAGUCCCAAUUUUAACCGGAAGAAAAAAACUUUAGUGCCAUUGGGUAAUCUAUUGGGUAUAAUUUAUCAAAUUAGAGAUGAUUAUCAAAAUCUGGUGAAUAAUACAAUGAUUGCAAAUAAAGGGUUUGCGGAGGAUUUAUCAGAAGGUAAAUUAUCAUUCCCAAUUAUUCACGGACUACGAUUUGAAAGUUUAAAUAAUGUAUCAGGGCCAACACUUUUGAAUAUCUUGCUGAAACGAACAGACGAUGAUGAAUUGAAAAAGGUGGCAUUGAAAUUUUUACAAGAUACAAGUAAAUCAAUUGAAUAUACAAGGAAAGUCAUUGAAGAUUUAGUUAGACUAAUUAAAAAUUCAGAAUUUUUGCCAUCAUUAGAUGAUGUAAAUGGGAAUGAAGAUGCUAUUAAUGAGAUAAAUUUCAUUAUUGAUCAUAUAUCAAACAUAUAG